AUGUUCCCAGUCUUUAAGCAGUCCCAACCUAAGAUAGUUAAGUCCAAAUUCACACCUGAGGAAGACAAGAAGCUUAUAGAACUUGUCAGCAAUGCCACAGAUGUUGAUUGGAACAAGAUAGCAGCCCAAUUUUCAAAUAGAAAUCCUAGACAAUGCAGGGAGAGAUGGCAGAACUAUUUAAACCCAGCUCUCACUAGUAAUAAUUGGACUGAAGAAGAGGACCAGCUUAUCCUUGAACGUUUCAAAGAAAUGGGUCCACAUUGGAACGCAAUCGGACGUACCUUUGUCGGUCGUUCCGGAAAUGCAGUUCGCAAUCGUUAUUUAGUUCUUAUGAGACAUCAGCAGAAGAAAUUCCGCUUACAUAAAUUCAACGAUUAUGUUCCAUAUACUGAAAACCCAAUGAUGCCUAUGCCUGCUUUAGAACCAAUGCAGAAAUACUACAUGGCUCAGCAAAUGAAUGCACAACAAAUGAUGUACGCUUAUCAGCAAAUGAACGCUCAGCAGAACACUUAUCAAUAUCAACCACAACCUGUUCAACAACCACAACAGCCAAUGAUGCCAGUAGUCCAGCAACCUGUCAAGCAGCAAGUAGAACCAAUCCUAGAACAACCAGCUGUAGAACAUCCAAUCGAAGAUGUAUUUGAAGAUAGUACAAUAUCAGAAAUCUUCGUUGGAGGCGAUGAUUUCGAGUUCUUAGAUUCUAUGUUUUGUUAA